AUGCCUAAUUACGUUUAUUUUUACGUCAGAGCAGUCUCCGAUGACAAUGGAAACGUUAAAAAUGAGAAAUUCGUCAGAGGAAAUGCCGAGCUGCUUGAUGUUCAAAUACCGGGGGACCUCUGGGGGACUCUUGGUCGGUAUAAUCUACUCUCGAGGAAUCUCAGGGGAGGUCUCACGGGCUGUGGAGACAUUCAUCAUCCCGCUAAGGUCACAUUCAAGGUUUGA